GAAACCAAAAUUUGUUUUCUUCAACCUAGUGAUUGUCUUGACAAAUCUAAAAAGAAAACAAAUAAAUGUAAACAAUAUCAUCGCUAUUAUCAUACCCACAGGACACAAAAGACAGAUCCACAUUGUUAUGAUCGUCCCUCAUUUUGAAUCUUCCCACUCCCAUCCCUUUAUAUUCAACUUCUAAUUUUCAGAAACGAUAUAUUCAGUUCUUUUCCCUCAACCUGUAACAAGUUUUUACAUUCUCCGUUACCGUAGUUACAGUCCGAUGGCUUCACUUGCUUCCACUCUACCAGCGCCUCCGGCGGCCACAACUUCCCACGGCCGCAUCGCUUCGGGAGCCAAACCCAGCGCCACGGUGUUUCUCACCACACCAAGAGCCGUGGGGCUAAAAUUCGUGUCCAGAAUCAGUCAAAUCCCCGUAACAAAAUCUCGCAGCUUCAAGAGCACAAGGAUUUCGUGCGCCGUUGCGGAGCCAGAAACUCUGCAGGUGGUUCAGAGCACGAUCGCGAAACAACUGUCGAUCGACGAGGGCUCGGUGACGCCCCAAACGAAAUUCGCGGAUCUCGGUGCGGAUUCGUUGGACACGGUGGAGAUCAUGAUGGCUCUGGAGGAGAAGUUCGGGGUGUCGAUCGGAGAAGGCGGAGCGGAGAACAUCGCCACCGUCCAGGACGCGGCGGACUUGAUUGAGAAAGUGAAGGCGGCCGGAAAUUGAAAGUAACUGAGGAAUGAAAGUAAGAAGGAUAUGUUGGAGUUGGACUAAAGCUGGAUUUUGUAUUUUUGUUGUGUGUUCUUUGCAUGCAGUUUUGAUUCGGAAAUGGGACGCCACGACGACGCCGUUCCACUGAAAAAUAAUUUUUAAAUAAAUGCAAAAUAUCAUUGGAAUUUCAU